AUGGACCAAAUGAUUGGAAUAACACCCAAAGAUUUUUUGCAAGCAUUGUGGUCAAAAACAACUCUUAAAGAACAAGAAGAAGAACUAAAAAACUCUGUGCCUGUUUCAAAGGUCUCUCUUGAGCCUUUGCUUGUUAAAAAUGUAAAAACUGUUACUGUAAAAAGAAAGAAGGUUGAAAAUAACUCUCUUCAAAUUUCAGCUUUAGUAUUUUUAUACUUUAUUAUUGUCAACAUAUGUGAUAAAUCUGCCAAUAUUACAUUUGAACAGCUGUUGUAUAUGGUCUCUUUUAUUCAAACUGAGCUAUUUAAGAGCCUUCACAAAAAGAAAGCUAUUGCAAAGAGAACCUGA